CCAGACGUUCAUUUUACAUUUUUCUCUCGAAGGAUUCGCACGCACGCUGUCAAAGAUUUUUGAUAAACAAGAAAGUUUGAGUUCUUCCCGCCAACUUCCGAACAAUGCAGUUCUUGUGGCUCUCGAUGUAACCGUCGAAAAAAGGUGAUCAAAUCAGGCCAAAUUUCCGCUUCCGGACGGCAGGAUGUAUGCAAACAUGGAACGCUACCACCGGAACGAACCCGCCGAGGUGGUCAAGAAAAUGUGGUCGAUCAUCCGGCACGAUGACGAGGAAACCGAACACACCAGGCUGGUAAAAAUUUUGCAAAAGGAGUUCCCUGUGGCAACCGGCGACCAAAUUGAAUCGUUCGUGAGUAACGCAGUGGUCGACGGGCUGAUCCAGGUUGUGGAUAAACCGAAAAGGCCCAAACCCAAAUCUGUUUAUCAUUAUGCGCUCCCGGAUGCUGACAAGUUUUCGUUUCCGGACGAUCAUCCGGAUCCAUAUUGCUACGAGUGCCACCUGGAAGGAAACGUCUCCAAAUGUUCGAGCUGUUUGCGAGUUUUCCACCUUUCUUGCGCACGAACAACUGAAGCCAAGCAGGUGGUAAUGGAACGGUUUACCACGAAAAAAAGGAUCAACAUGUCUGACUUCGGGACAGGUGUCGUGGCGGCGGCUGCGGGUACAAAUGAAACACGAUCCGUAAACUCACCGGCUUCGUCCGUGGCUAGCCAGUCCGAGGUUAUGGAAAUUCGGAUGCCAACUCCGAUGAUCGAUUCCAACCGGAACGAGAGCAAAAUCGACGUGAAGCAAGAAGAUCUCAAACAAGAGCUGACAUCUGACGAGCCACAGUUUGUUGGCUUGAUUAGGCCACCGGAUCGGCGCCUGGAAGAGCGGCUCAACACACCGACGGUGAAGCCGGAGGAUAAUGGACCCAGUAUUAUGGACAGUGAAGAUUUGAUGCAGAAGUUUUGCUACCCUUGCCGACAGGUGCAAGGCAACCAGUACAAUACACCUCCGAACAUGAGCCAAUCCGAGCUGAACUAUUUGCUCAAGUUUAUCGUUGACGAGUACAAAUCCUGGCUCCCGGCAGAUACCUACUCGCUUACCAGGCUGUUCAACAACCAGCCGCGCUCGGCGGAGCGGGUGGAAAAUUUGGAGCUGAGCAAAAAAAUGCUGGUACGUUUCUCGAUCGAUCUCGACGCCAUUAUGUUGAAAAUCGAACAUGGCCAGUAUGAAACGCUCGAGGAAUUCAGCGCCGACACGCAGGACAUAGCGCACAAUAUUGCCGUUAUUCAUGGAGCUGGUUCGUUGGAGUACAGCGCUGCGAUGUACUUCAUUACCGACUGUACGUACGAUCUGUACGAAAUACGACAGUGCCGGGAUUGCUUCCGGCACAGCAACGAAAAAGCCGAACCGGACUGGUUUGCGCGGCCGUGUCACACACGCCAUGAGCUAGUUUUUGCCAAGCAGAAGGGAUACCAGUACUGGCCGGCUAAGGUGGUCCGGGUGGUUAACAACAAGUACGACGUUCGUUUCUUUGGGGGAACGCACACGCGAGCAGUCGUCGAUGCCAUUUACGUAAAGCCGAUCGAUUCCGAUUUCGAACAGCUCAAGAUAAACCCAAAAAAAGCGGGCUUUCAACUCGCGAUGGGUGAACUUCACAAGCACCAGGCACUGAUGAGCCUCCCGAAGGACAAGGAGUACUACGCUUACGGAAGCAAGACUCCUCCAAUCAGCGUGUUGCUCCAGAGUGCAGGCGUCGAGAUCUCACCAAUGCCGGUACAGCAACUGACUCCGGCUCCGAAGACGCCCAAAAAGCGAGGUCGCAAACCAAAGGUACAUCGUUCCAACGUGAGCCUUGCCAGUGCCCCUUCCAACUCAUCAGCUCCUCAACAAACAGACGAAUCGCUGGACCAGGUGGCUCCUCAACUGGAAGUUUGUCCUUCACCCCCGCAGAACACCAACAACAUCCGGCAGAAGCGUACUUUGGAUCCGCACCCGGUUGUUCCCAGCGACCCAACGACGCCCACUAAGCGGCAGAAGCGUACGUUGGAACCAGCUGUGCCCAGCGAGCCAACGACGCCGACCAAGCGAGUUAAGGCUCGCAAUCCAACGCCACCCUUUCGCAGCGAUCCAGCAGAUGCUCUCGGCACCAGUUCGGCCAUGCUUGCCUUGCCGGGACCGUCCAACGAAGCGGCGCCGAAACCGCGCAGUCCACGCAUCAAAGCGCAACUCAAGCGACAGUACUCGGAGGAUGCGAUCAAGCUUAAGGAACUGAUGGACGAAAUUGACGACAUCGAAACGGUGAAGCGAUUGGCUGUGAACGCACUGCAGGAGGAUAUUGACCGGUGGCAGAAAAAGAUUCGCUCGGUCGUCAACGAGUACACGCUGCGCAUUGAUGCCAUCAAGCGCAAGCGUUGGUGCAACAUCUGUGAUCUCGAAGCUGUACUCCACUGCUGCUUUAAUGUUUCGUACUGUUCGCGCACCUGCCAGGAGAACGACUGGCCGGAGCACAAGAGGAAGCACCAGUUUACCAAGCAAUAGCACAUUGGUUUAUCUCGAUUUAAACCCUUGACUGAAUUCGAAAUUAUUCGCUGGACUACUUUUUUUUUGUUAUCUAAUUUCUAGCCUCAGCUUGCGUCUACAAUUGGAUUCUUUUUACUUGGACGCGCCUGUUUUUUUUUUGUUUUCAUUAUACAAAAUGAAUUAAAACUAUCAAUCGAGGGAAUCGUUAAUUUCCCCAUUCCGUUUCACGAAAUAAAACUGAAUUUGACAAAAAAUAUCAA